CCUACCUGUCCUCUAACCUGCCUUUCCAUCAGAUGUAUAGUGGAGUACUUGUCGGACAAAAUCCGGAUUCUAGUCACCCAUCAAAUCCAAUUCAUACGAAAAGCCACACAAAUACUGGUCUUAAGCCCAGAGGGCCGGUGCCUGGGGUUGGGCUCAUACGACGAACUCCAGUCCCAGGGCCUGGACUUCAUGGCAAUACUGAGUGACGCGGAACGGGAGGCCGUACACGACAAACAGGAACGGGAGCUCACGAUGAGGUCGUUCUCCAACAAUAGUUAUAACACCAAACAGACGGCUAACCCCACGGAGACCCUCCUGACGGAGUCAACCAAUGACAGGGUCGGGAGGGACUCCCGGAGCACAUCCGUGGCUCAGACCGAGAACAUCGAGGUCUCCGACAUUAUGGGCGAUGAGGAGGACUACUCGCAUGAGCCCAGGAUUCAGGCGGAGAACCGGGAGGUGGGCUCUAUCGGGCGACACGUCUACUAUGAGUACGUGAAGGCCGGUGCCGGACCCGUACUCUUCACGAUUACCUUGUUCUCGACACUUGUAUCUCAGGGUUUGAUACAUUACUCCGAUUUAUGGCUCACUAAAUGUGCACUACCAGGGACUGACAAAAAUCAAAAGGCUAAUGCAAUUGACCAGGAUACACAGUACUAUUACGUCUACGUCUAUUCGGGACUCAUUGGGGCCCUGUUUGUGACGGCGCUAAUG